UGGAGGAUCAGUUAGCGAAGAGUAGCCAUUGAAGAAAGCCGAGCUUUGGGUGAGAGCCCUGGAGUUUCUGCAAAUUUUUUAAUUUACAUUUUUCCCCCUCUCUUCGACCUAAAUAUCAUAUAUAUUUUAAAAUGGAAAUGAAGAAGAGAAUAAGUCUAGAACUGAGGAACAGGACCCCAGAAGAGGUGGCAGAGCUGGUGGUAGACAACUGCCGGUCCAGCGACGGCGAGGUGGAGGGCCUGACGGACGACUUCAAGGAGCUGGAGUUCCUCAGCAUGGUCAACGUGGGGCUGACCUCGCUGACUAAGCUGCCCUCCCUGCCGAAACUGCGCAAGCUGGAGCUGAGUGACAACAGCGUCUCGGGGGGCCUGGAGACGCUGGCGGAGAAGUGCCCCAACCUGACGUACCUCAACCUGAGCGGCAACCGCAUAAAGGAGCUGAGCACGGUGGAGGCUUUGCAAAACCUGAAGAACCUGAAGAGCCUGGACCUGUUCAACUGCGAGAUCACCACCCUGGAGGACUACCGCGAGAGCAUCUUCCAGCUUCUUCCCCAGGUCACCUACCUGGAUGGCUUCGACCAGGAGGACAACGAGGCCCCUGACUCUGAGGCGGACGAGGAUGAUGAGGAUGAGGAUGGGGAGGAAGGAGCUGGCCCCACGGGCGACUACGAUGACGAGGAUGAUGAAGAGGGCUCGGAAACGGGAGAGGUGGGGCUCUCGUACCUCAUGAAGGAGGGAAUUCAGGAUGAAGAGGAUGACGAUGACUAUGUUGAAGAGGAAGAGGAGGAAGCUGAAGAAGAGGAAGAGGCUGGGGUUCGGGGAGAGAAGCGAAAGAGAGACCCUGACGACGAGGGAGAGGAUGAUGAAGAUGACGAGGAUGACUAGCCCCCAUGUGACCCCCAGGUGCCCCCCCCCCCCGGAUCCAGAACCAAGCUGUAGAACGUCCACAGGAAGUGUGUUCUUGCCGAUUUGUUUUCUCUUUGUAUACCAUAGAUAUCACUGUAGAGGCUAAGUGUUACUUUUUUGGGGUUUUUGUUUGUUUUUUGUUUUUUUGUUUUUUACAUACGCUUUGUCGGAAAAAAAGGAAAGAUUUUAUCGACACGAUCAUUCCGAGGUUUAUUUCCCACCCUAAGUAUUGCGCCCUCACGGGGCAGGCGUGAGUUCGGCCGAUCUGACACUGCAGGCCAGCGGGGGGCUGUGCGCAGAGACAGCGUGGGCUCCACUCAGGCUAAACGGGUUUUAACAAUCACAACAGCAGUUUAUUCCGCCUUGUUUCUGAAGUCCUCUUGCACUCAUUGAUCUCACUCAGCAGGCUGAAAUAAGAACGUCGCUGCCAGCAGGCUCGAUCGUGACCCUGGCCUUGGUCUCCAUGUCAGCCCAGAGUCAACCUUUAUGUCUACCUCUCUGGGUUACACCGUGGUCGGGAUGGAAGUGGCGCACUUCCAGCUAACGCCACAAGGUGGCAGCGCUCUGAGAUGGCCAGAAACUUUUGCCGUGAGAAGCGCUCUGUUUUUGAGCGCACCCAGAACCUCUUCUACUCCUGGUCACACUGCGCCGAUUUUGUAGAUGCCCCUUCUCAGUGACUUUUGUAUCAAUAGUUUUAACUCUGUGAAAAUCCCUCUCACUUUCAGGUUAGUCAAGCAGCAGCAACAGUGGUAGGCCUCAUGUGUUUAAGGGGUUUGGGUAGGGAAGAGGUGAAGCAUGCUUUAGGGAGGUCCUGGAAGGUUGUUUAGAUUUCUCUUUAGGCACCGGUGCUGGUCCUGGGGAAGGCUGGGUAGAUUCAAAGGCAGCGUCUCAAACCUUGAAGGGCUAAAGAAAAAAAACAUUAAUCACAACCCAGAGUUCCUGUGGAGCCAGUGUCCAGAACCGCAACCGCUCGUAGAAAUCAAACCACAAACACGGUUCAAGUGUGGUUCAAUCCUGAAGCCGAGCAGUUUGGGCUUUAACUGUAAUAAUGAAUUACACAAUGUUUUUUAAACUUGCAAACAUUUAUUUCAGUCUGAACUUAGAUUUUAAAACUAGAUCAUGAUCAACAGCAACUAUCAGAAGUUGAAGUUCAACCACUUUGGAAGGAUUGAAUCAUAUUGAAUCGUAAACCUCUUAACCUUUGCCAGGCUGUGGACACACGUAGGUUUUUUUUUUCCCUCUUUUGUUCAUGUUUUGGUAUUUUACAGAGUGAGAACUUUAAUCUAUUGUUUGUAUGGCAAUAUGUAUAUAGUAUCUGUUCCAACUGUCUGGUGUAUCUCCUGUGUAAAUGUUUUUUUUUUAAACUGGUUUUAAUACAAAGCACAGGUCAGAAAGUAAAGCUUUAGACCACCACACUCAGUAUCUAGUUUUA